AUGGAAUAUUUACUUAGCCGACUGCAGCCCUCGUUAACGAGUGCUGAAGACAGACGCCGGCUUGCAGUCCUGAAGAACGAGGAGCAUGCGCCGUUACAUAUAUGCAGUGACACGGCCAUCAACAGGAGGCACCAGAAUCAGCGACACAAGAUGGAACGACUGGCACGCACCCUCGCGCCGUGUGAGCACUUCACGUACAACUGCGACAACUACUUCGGAGCAAAUGUCGAACGACAGCUGCGCGACUACGACCGGAAGAGAUGGUCCCAUCGCGACGAGACACGAUCGUCAUCAGGACGAUGGCACAGAUGGAGGCUUGACAAGCAGGACGAUGACGACGUCGGUGAGUGA